AUGCGGGACAAUUUCGAUCUGGCCGUCAACCUUCUCAAGAUCGCAAUCGGCGACAGCGUCAUGGAGUAUACCUUUGCGACGGUGCCGCUCUUUACCUUCAUGGGACUGAUUGUCUCCAAGGCAGGGCUGGGAUCGGACAUAUACACCGUGAUGAACUCGGGGUUCAGGAAGGUCAAAGGCGGGAUCGGCAUGGCAACGGUCGGUGCCAACGCCGUGUUCGCCGCGGUGACGGGGUCUUCCAUCGCAUCUGCCUCGGUUUUCUCGAAGGUCUCCGUGCCGCAAAUGCUGGCCUUCGACUACAACCCGCGAUUUGCCGUCGGUGUUGUUGCCGGAUCCUCUGUCCUGGGGAUGAUCAUUCCGCCGUCAGCGAUGCUGAUCAUCUAUUCCUUUGUUGCGGAGCAGAGCGUCGGCGACAUGUUUCUGGCCGGGGUGAUACCCGGCAUCCUUCUGGCAAUUGCCUAUGUGGUCGCCAUCUUUUUGAUGGGACGGCUGACGCCCUCUUAUGUGGGUGGCCGUUCGGCGGAUGAGAUGGAAUGGAUGUCGCCGAUGGAAAUCGCCGACAAGACCCUUCCAACACUGGUGCUCAUUGUCGCCGUGCUUGGCGGAAUUUAUACCGGCUGGCUAACACCGGUCGAGGCUGGAGCCACAGGUUCCCUGCUGGGUCUGAUCAUUGCCGUAUUCAGAAAGAAACUCACCCUGAAAACGCUCUGGCAUGCUCUUCUUGAAACCGGCCACAUCACAGCAUCGAUCCUUUUCCUGAUCACUGCAGCGUCGAUCUACAGCCGGAUGCUGGGACUUGCAGGACUGCCCAAUGAACUGGGUGACUUGCUCACCGACACCAGGCUGACCUUCUUCUGGAUCAUGUUCAUCUAUGUGCUGUUGAUGAUCUUCCUCGGCACGAUACUGGAUACCGCCUCCAUCAUCCUGAUUGUCGUGCCGUUGUUCCUGCCGCUGGUCGAGCCCAUGGGACUGUCGCUCGUCUGGUUUGGCAUCGUCACGGUUGUCGGAGCCGAGAUAGGGCUUCUGACACCUCCGCUCGGCAUUUCCUGUUUCGUCAUCAAAGCGACUUUGAACGAUCCGCGCAUAUCGCUGAAGGAUGUAUUCAUCGGUGCGUUUCCAUUCGCGCUGGUGAUGCUGGUCGUUCUGAUCGCUCUCAUCCGCUGGCCGUCGCUCAGCCUGGCCAUCCUGAACUAA